AUGAGCGGAUUGCCUCCUCCACCACCACCUCCUCCAGGCUAUGUUGGGCAUCGUAACAUGCCCCGAGAUGGUAAAAGGGGCUUUGAUAGCAAUACAAGCUUAGGACGCACUGAUGCCUUGGACAACAACGUUACUUCCCAGGCUAGGCUUCGCCCUCCUCCUCCGCCCCCGCCAGCUUACUCAACGGCGUCCCGUGUGCUGUCAGCCCCUCCUCCACCCCCUGUCUCACCUCCACAAAUCCAAUUAGAUAUAACUCAUUCCAAAAGACCCAAAUGUGACCAGGCUAGGCCUUCCACGCCGAGCAUCAGCCAAGAACAACUCCAAGAAAAAAGCCGGCAUUGGGCCAAGGUUCAAAAGAAGAGAUUUAGAAAAUCAUCAAAUGUUGUCUUACAAAAGUCUGGCGUACGAGGAGGUUUGAGUCAUGCACACAAGGCAGAUAUGCCUCCAGAACAUUUGAGGAAGAUCGUCAAUGAUCAUUCCGACAUGACAUCUAGACGUUUUGAUCAAGAUAAGCGUGCAUUUUUAGGAGCAUUAAAAUAUAUGCCACAUGCUGUAUUAAAGCUAUUAGAAAACAUGCCACAGCCUUGGGAGCAAAUGAAAGAGGUGAAAGUUCUGUACCACAACACAGGCGCCAUCACAUUUGUGAACGAAAUUCCUCGCGUCAUAGAGCCUGUUUACAUUGCUCAGUGGGCGUCUAUGUGGAUCGCGAUGCGUCGUGAGAAGAGAGACCGGAAACACUUCAAAAGAAUGCGCUUUCCACCUUUUGAUGAUGAGGAGCCGCCUGUUUCCUACUCUGACCACUUACUCGAAAUAGAACCUUUAGAUGCAAUCACCUUAAGACUCGACAAUAAUGACGAUGGAGACUUAAAAUACUGGCUCUUUGACACGAGACCUUUGAUCGACUCCGAACAAAGCACAAAUGGCUCGUCUUACAAAACAUGGAAGUUGAACAUUCAAACAAUGGGCGACCUUCAUCGACUUUCUAUGCCUAUCUUAGCAGAAGUCAAAGACCCCAAUUACUUCUAUCUUUUUGACAGAAAGUCCUUUUUCACAGCAAAAGCUUUAAACAACGCUUUACCAGGCGGCCCAAAAUUUGAACCACUUUUUCCCGACGAAGAGGAAGAAGACUUCAAUGAGUUCAACUCCCUCGAUCGUACUAUCUUUCGUUUGCCGAUAAGAACCGAAUAUCGAAUUGCAUUUCCCCAUCUCUAUAACUCGCGCCCAAGAAAGGUCCAAUUGUCUCACUAUCAUGAUCCAGUGUUCUGCCUCAUUGAGAUUGAUUUAAGGGACAGCUCCAACGUGUUUAGGUUUGACAAGACGCUGCAUCCGGUCCUAUCUCGUCAAUUCACAGAGCCAAGAUUGCUGGGUUCUCCCCAUACCAAUAAGGGUUGCUCCCUACCACCUACGUUCAAGCCUUUAAUGCAUGAUGAAAAACUGAUUCUUCCUAAAACUUCAGAUGCUUUAGCGCUCUACUUCGAAACACAUCCAUUUGACAAGAGGUCUGGAAGUAUGAAGCGAGCGCAAGAUAUUUCUCUUGUGAAGCGCUGGUGUCAGGAAAGACCCGAUACGGAUGCACCACUAAAGGUGAGAAUUUCGCAUCAAAAGCUUUUAAAGAAUCAUGUUUUCAAUGAAUUGAAAGGCUCGCGAACGUCAGGGCAUAGAAAACAGAGAAUUCUGAAAAAGUUACGACAUACAAAGUUCUUUCAACAAACUUCGAUUGACUGGGUUGAGGCGGGCCUUCAAUUGUGCAGGCAAGGUCAUAACAUGCUAAACCUUUUGAUCCACAGAAAAGGACUCACAUAUUUGCAUUUGGAUUACAACUUCAAUCUUAAGCCGACAAAAACUUUAACAACAAAGGAAAGAAAGAAAUCCAGAUUUGGCAACGCUUUUCAUCUUGUUCGAGAAAUAUUCAAAAUGAUCAAAUUGAUAGUCGAUGCACACGUUCAGUAUAGAAUGGGGAAUGUUGAUGCAUUCCAAUUGGCCGAUGGAUUGUACUAUAUUUUAAAUCAUCUUGGUCAACUGACUGGUAUCUACCGAUACAAGUAUAAAGUCAUGCAUCAGAUUCGUACCUGCAAGGAUCUAAAGCAUAUCGUCUAUGAGAGGUUUAAUCGAAUUAUUGGCCGAGGACCUGGCUGUGGAUUUUGGCAACCCGCUUGGCGAGUGUGGAUUUUUUUCAUGAGAGGUAUUAUCCCCUUGCUUGAACGCUGGCUUGGUAACCUAUUGGCCCGACAAUUCGAGGGUCGCUCGAAUGAGAUCGUUAAGACUGCAACCAAGCAAAGAUUUGAUGCAUAUUACGAUUUGGAACUGAGGGCUGCGGUCAUGAAUGAUAUUCUUGAUAUGAUACCGGAUGGCGUGAAGCAAAAUAAAGCAAAAACCAUUCUACAACACUUGAGCGAGGCGUGGAGGUGCUGGAAAGCGAAUAUACCCUGGGAUGUACCAGGCAUGCCCUUACCUGUAAAGAACAUAAUCGAGAGGUACAUCAGAGCCAAAGCAGACGGCUGGAUCUCCACUGCUCACCAUAAUCGGGAACGCAUAAAGCGCGGCGCCCACGUCGAAAAGUCUGUGGUUAAAAAGAAUCUAGGAAGACUCACUCGAAUGUGGAUAAAAAGUGAACAGCAACGCCAGACGGAGAUUGAGAAAGACGGUCCUGAGAUUAGUCCCGUUGAAGCUACUACAGUGUUUUCAACGAUGGUUCAAUGGUUGGAAGUGAACAAUUUUGCGCCUAUUCCUUUCCCUCCGUUGACUUACAAAAACGAUACAAAAGUUUUGGUACUUGCCCUCGAAAACCUGAAAGAUGCUUACGCUUCAAAGAUAAGGCUGAAUGCUUCAGAACGCGAGGAACUAGCUCUGAUCGAAGAAGCUUACGAUAACCCCCACGAGACUUUGAAUAGGAUCAAAAAGUAUCUGCUAACGCAGCGGAUUUUUAAGCCGGUAAAACUCUCAAUGAAGGAGCACUUUCAGUAUAUUUCACCUGUUUUUGAUGUUGAUCCUCUUGAAAAGAUCACAGAUGCCUAUCUAGAUCAAUACUUGUGGUACGAAGCUGACAAAAGACAGCUAUUUCCCAACUGGGUAAAACCUGGUGAUAACGAAAUUCCCCCUUUGCUAACUUAUAAAUGGUGUCAAGCGGUAAACAACUUGACUGACGCUUGGGAUGUCUCGAAGAACCAAUCCAUGGUGAUAUUUCAAACCAAGCUGGGUAAAAUGCUGGAAAAAGUCGAUUUCACCUUAUUGAAUCGAUUACUGAGGUUGGUUAUGGAUCCAAAUUUAGCAGAUUAUGUGACUUCAAAGAACAACAUUGUUUUAAGUUUCAAAGAUAUGAGCCAUGUUAACAAGUAUGGUCUCAUUCGUGGACUUCAGUUUUCUUCCUUUGUUUAUCAAUUUUAUGGCCUUAUGAUUGAUAUUCUGCUAUUGAGUCCCCAACGAGCUUUGCAAAUCAGCGGUAGUCCGGAAAACCGCAAUGAGUUUUUACAGUUCAAGAAUUCUGAUGAUGAGAAUGGCGACGUAAUCAAACUUUACUGUCGUUAUCUGGAUACAGUGCAUAUUGUCUUUCGUUUCACUGAGAUGGAGGCGGCUGAGCUUGUUAAAGAAUAUUUAGCGGAAAAUCCUGAUCCUCAUUUCGAGAAUGCGGUCGGCUAUAACAAUAAGAGUUGCUGGCCACGAGACUCUCGAAUGAGACUGAUUCGCUUUGAUGUCAACUUGGGACGAGCUGUCUUUUGGGAAAUAGAAGGAAGGGUACCUCGGGCUUUGUCUCACAUAACUUGGGAAAACUCUUUAUCUUCGGUGUACAGCAAAAAUAACCCCAAUUUAGUAUUCACCAUGUGUGGAUUUGAAGUUAGGAUUUUACCCAAUGUUAGAACGAGUGAAGUUUUAUCAACGGACGAGGGAAUUUGGGACCUCGUAAAUCAAGUAACAAAACAGAGAACAGCAAAAGCCUACUUAAAAGUCUCAAAUGAAGAAGUGGAAAAGUUCAACAGUAGCAUACGCAGUAUUUUGAUGGCAUCUGGUUCAACUACUUUCACUAAGAUCACAGCGAGAUGGAACACCGCUUUGAUAUCUCUUUUCGCUUAUUUUAGGGAAGCCAUCGUGGCAACUAAGCCUUUACUUGAUCUCUUGGUGAAGUGCGAGACGAGGAUCCAAAACAGAGUCAAGCUUGGGCUCAAUUCAAAGAUGCCAACGAGAUUUCCUCCCGCCGUUUUCUAUUCACCUAAAGAAUUGGGUGGUUUAGGUAUGCUUAGCGCUUCUCAUAUUUUAAUUCCGGCCUCUGAUCUGCAGUGGUCACGGCAGACAGAUACUGGAGUGACGCAUUUCCGCGCAGGAAUGACGCAUUAUGAUGAGAAAUUGAUUCCAACGAUUUUCAGGUACAUUACAACCUGGGAAAAUGAAUUUUUAGACUCUCAGAGGGUAUGGGCUGACUACGUUGCAAAGAGACAAGAAGCGUUAAGGCAAAACCGCAGACUUGCAUUUGAAGAGCUAGAAGGAUCUUGGGAUAGAGGUAUUCCAAGAAUAAGCACCUUGUUCCAAAAGGAUCGUCACACUCUAGCUUACGAUAAGGGACACAGAGUCAGAAGAGAGUUCAAAAAAUAUUCGUUAGAGCGAACAAAUCCAUUCUGGUGGACAGAUGCACGCCAUGACGGCAAGCUUUGGAAUUUGAAUGCCUACAGAACUGAUGUAAUUCAGGCACUUGGUGGUAUUGAAACGAUUUUGGAGCACACUCUGUUCAAAGGGACAGGGUUCAACUCCUGGGAAGGUCUUUUUUGGGAAAAAGCAUCAGGUUUCGAGGAUUCUAUGCAAUUCAAGAAGCUUACACAUGCUCAGAGGACGGGUCUCAGCCAAAUUCCUAAUCGACGUUUCACAUUGUGGUGGUCUCCCACCAUUAAUCGAGCCAACGUUUACGUUGGCUUCUUAGUUCAAUUGGAUCUGACGGGCAUUUUUUUGCACGGAAAAAUCCCUACGUUAAAAAUGUCACUGAUUCAGAUCUUUCGCGCCCAUCUUUGGCAAAAAAUUCAUGAGAGUGUUGUAUUUGAUAUAUGCCAGAUUUUGGAUGGGGAGCUUGAUGUUUUGCAGAUCGAAAAUGUUAAUAAGGAGUCAAUUCACCCUCGCAAAUCAUACAAGAUGAACUCAUCGGCAGCUGACGUCACGAUGACCAGUGUAUACAAGUGGAACAUUUCAAAGCCUUCUCUACUUCACCAAACUGGUGAUGAGUUUAGUGCGGCUACCUCAGAAAAGAUGUGGAUCGACGUACAGCUUCGAUAUGGCGAUUACGAUUCCCAUGAUAUUUCUCGCUAUGUCCGGGCCAAAUUUCUUGAUUACACAACAGACAACGUAAGCAUGUACCCAUCUCCUACAGGAGUAAUGAUCGCUAUUGAUCUUGCCUAUAACAUGUAUGAUGCUUACGGAAGUUGGUUUGAAGGUAUGAAAACUUUGAUGCAAAAUGGUAUGAAAACGAUAAUGAGGGCCAAUCCAUCACUCUAUGUCCUUCGCGAACGAAUUAGAAAGGGCUUGCAAAUAUACCAGUCUCAAACCCAAGAACCCUUUUUGAACUCUUCCAACUAUGCUGAACUCUUUAGCGAUGAACUCAAGCUGAUGAUAGACGAUACCAAUGUCUAUAGAGUUGCUGUCCACAAAACUUAUGAAGGGAAUAUUGCCACAAAGCCGAUAAAUGGAUGCAUCUUUACCCUCAACCCAAGGUCAGGGGAAUUGUUUCUCAAAAUCAUCCACACCUCAGUUUGGGCGGGACAAAAACGCUUAAGUCAACUUGCAAAAUGGAAAACAGCAGAAGAAGUUAGUGCGUUGAUCAGAUCCUUGCCGAAAGAGGAGCAACCGAAGCAGAUAAUUGUUACAAGGAAGGCAAUGCUUGAUCCUCUGGAAGUUCACAUGUUGGAUUUUCCGAAUAUAUCAAUACGACCUACCGAACUGAAACUACCCUUCUCGGCCUGCAUGGCAAUCGAUAAGCUGUCCAACGUUGUUCUUCGAGCUACUGAACCUCAAAUGAUGCUCUUUAAUAUUUAUGAUGAUUGGCUUGACAGAAUUUCCUCCUAUACCGCAUUUUCUCGUCUUGUGCUAUUGUUAAGGGCUUUGAAAAGUAAUGAGGAAUUGGCAAAGUCUAUACUGAAGGCAGAUCCUACCAUUGUGAUCAAAGAGCACCAUCUCUGGCCCUCAUUUACAGACGAGCAAUGGAUUGAGGUUGAAGGCAAAAUGCGAGAUCUCAUUCUAUCUGAAUAUGGCAAAAAGUACAAUGUUAAUAUCGCCUCCUUAACUCAGACUGAAGUUAAAGACCUUAUUCUCGGGCAAAACAUUAAGGCACCAUCCGUCAAAAGGCAACAAAUGGCCGAGAUUGAGAACGCAAAUAAUUCUACUGAACAAAACCUUGAUGAGGCAACAUCCUCAGCAAUAAAAGUGAAAAGUACCAAUGCCCAAGGGGAGGAUAUUACUGUUGUUGCUUCUGCUAACUACGAAUCUCGAGCCUUCAACUCCAGAAGCCAGUGGCGGAAAAAUGCUGUUACUAAUUCGCUGCUUCAUUUGCGUUUGAAAAACAUUUUUGUUGCAUCAGAGGACUUUGUUGAAGAGAAGGACGUCUAUGUUCUACCUCACAAUCUGCUCAAGAUGCUUGUGGACAUUGCAGAUUUGAGGAUACAGGUAGGGUGUUACGUCUACGGUUCCUCGGUUAAAGGGCAUAGAAAUGUAAAGGAAAUUCGAGCGUUGGCUCUGCCUCCUCAGCUGGGUAAUAGUCAAUUUGUCCAGAUGGCUUCUAUUCCAUCGUCUCUUCCUACUGGCGGGGACCUCGAGCUACUUGGUUGGAUUCAUACACAAACAGGCGAAACACAGUUUAUGUCACCAGCUGAUGUUACAAUGCAUAGCAAGUUAUUUCAGUCAGGAAACAGAGAUGCGGUCAACAUAACCGUCAGUUUUAACCCUGGCACGGUUUCGCUUUCUGCGUUUAAUCUUUCCGAAAAAGGAUACACAUGGGGAGCUCAUAAUAUGAAUCUAUUUGACACAUUGCCGGAAGGAUUCGAGCCAGAAUUCAGUGAACAUUCUCAGUUGCUUUUGUCAAACAAGAUAAAGGGCUACUUCUUUGUUCCUUCCACCGAUUUCUGGAAUUAUACUUUCAGUGGAACUGCUUUCGCACCAGGAAUGCCUUACGAAUUGAAAGUAGACGUGCCGCUCGAAUUUUACAAUGAGACUCAUCGUGCUAUUCAUUUCCUGCAAUUUAGCGAAAUUACCGACGAUCAGGACCUCGAAGCCAUACAAGACGAUGUCUUCGCUUAG